CUUGGCAGGGCGACCUUUUGUGGACGACACGUCUUGCAGCUUCCUUGCUUCACCAGUAUUCCGCAGCUCAAAGGAUCUGUUGAUGGCAGCAAGAAUGGCGCAGGUACCGGUACAGACGAUCCAUAGGGAUCCCCAAUUAUUCUACUGGAUCCUGUUCCCAAUCACCAUCGUGAUGAUUCUCACCGGCGUCCUCCGACAUUACGCGAGCGUCCUGAUGGCAUCUGCGCCCAAGAGACUCGAGCAGAAGGCGAUGCGUGAGCAGCGGAGGCUGAUUCACGGCAUGAACCUGCGAGGAAACUUCCACGUCUUGUCGCAACGCUCCUUUGCCACGCGACGGGACGCGCUCAUUACGGCCUAUGAGUCGGGUACCUAUCUCAAGGAUCCAGAGCGCCGUGGCCAGGCGCCGCCCAACCCCAUGAGCGACCCCAGCUCGAUGGAGGGCAUGAUGGGCAUGAUGAAGAACCAGAUGGCCAUGAUCAUCCCGAAUACGCUGAUCAUGAGUUGGAUCAAUGCCUUUUUUAGCGGAUACGUUAUCAUGAAACUGCCAUUCCCCCUUACCAUCAAAUUCAAGAGCAUGCUCCAGGCUGGCGUGGCUACCAAGGAUAUGGAUCCGCGGUGGAUGUCAAGCAUCAGCUGGUACUUUUUGUGCAUAUUUGGUCUGCAAUCCGUCUUCAACUUCCUGCUUGGCAGUGACAAUGCCGCCAGCCAAAUGGCGCAGCAGAUGGGCCAGAUGGGCCCUCAAGCAGGGCAAAUGUUUGGCCCGGGCGUAGAUCCCGACAAGCAGUUUCUCGCCGAGGCCGAGAACCUUGCGGUCGUUGAGCACCAUUCUGUGCUGGACGGCGUCGAGCAGCGUCUUCUGGAGGGUAUCAAGGUUUAGACAUGAAAAGCCAUAUAUAUGAGCGCCACGCAGACGCAGCUUCUCUCGCGCCCGGGCACAGAAUGCUCAGUUAUUUCCAACUCGAAUUUGUGGUCCGCCGUCCGACGCGCUGUGGUCAUUCCCACCACAGAUAACAACCGAGACCGGGGCCAUUCAUCGAACCAAUGAUCCUGUAAGGCGGCUUCGAGUCGGCGAGAAUGACUUCUUCCUCGGAUGCUUCGGGCGGCCCUGACGGUGCCUGGUCAUGCCAUUCUUCGGCCAUCACCCUGAAACGCACCAUCUCGUUGUUAUCAAAGUACAACUCCUGUCCCUCAUACUUCCAGACCCAGAGGUUUUCGCUAGAGUCGCUGGAAGGACAAGUCAGUCGGCGCCCCCCAAGUCUUCACGUAAACAGGAC